CUCCUCUCAAUAGUCACAACCCCCUAUACGUGCAACAUGGACAUGGGUGGCUCUUCCUCAAGUUCGUCCGGUAUGACCAUGAUGACUCCUUGGUUGCAUUUUGCUGCCGGGGAUUAUCUGAUAUUCGAAGCUUGGAAGCCCUCCUCGAAGGGCGCUGUAGCUGGAGCAUGCAUCGGUCUUUUAGUAUUCGCGAUGCUUGAGAGGUGGAUUGCAGCCUUCCGUGGUAUCAUGGAAACCCGAUGGCGCAUGGAAGCUCUGGCUAUGGUAGCUAACCAGCCAGGUGUUGUCCCGCUGGAUUCCUCCCCUACUUCAGCAAGUGAUGGCAAGUCUGACGACGGCGAGGUCGAGGUCGAGUUGCGCUAUGGCCCCCGUGGCGCCUCAUCUGACGAAAAGGGGUCUACACAAAGCGUGCCCCCUCGUACUCGCACCAUUGCGCCGUUCAUCCCUCGUCACGACUUCUCUCGGGGAACUUUGUACGCCGUCCAGGCUCUCAUAGGUUAUGCACUCAUGUUGUGUGUGAUGACAUUCCAGGCGGGGUAUAUCAUUUCGAUUAUCUGCGGGUUGGGGAUCGGGGAAGUGCUAUUCGGGAGGCUGGGCGCGCAAAGGCAUGCGCACUGAAAUGAAUAUGUAGUUCAGGAGAAUGGAAACGAUGCUGUUCGUUGCUCAGAUACGACGAAUACAGUGUGUUGCACCUCUGUACCUCUACCUACGGGUCAGAAAAGAAUAUGUUUCGUUUGAAU